AUGCAGCUUGCCGGCAGCAGCGCAGGUGUCCUUGCCGGUCAGCCAGCGCUGCCAGCCGCAGGCUUGCGAAAUCAGACGUUUGGGAGCCGGCCCUGCGCCGAGCAAAUAGGCCCGGAGGUUCAGAUCUUCAGUUCUUCGCUGGGCGCCAUGGGAUCCCUUCUUGCGAAGCUCCGUUCCCUGCUGGUCUCUGCAGAGGAUCAGCUGCCAGAGCCGUUGAAGUCACAGAAGGACAAGCUCGAGCUCCUCAGACAAGAUCUCGAAGCAAUAAACACCUUCCUCGUGAAUCUGUCAUGGGUGGAAACUCCCAACAUGAUGGUGAAGCACUGGAUGAACGAGGUGCGUGAUCUGUCCUACGAUAUCGAGGAUUACAUUGACAAGACGAUGCACCCCGGCCACAUUUCUAGGGAAGAGCCUCGUUCUGAUUCUGAGGUGGAGGAAUUAAGCACUCUCGUGAAGCAGGCCAAGGACGCCCACGAACGGCACAACAGGUACGAUCUUGGGCGUUGGGCAUCGAAUCCUAGAUCUGUGGUCGAUGGGCAAGGUCGGGUUCCAAGGCUCAACGGCGACCCCGGUCAGAUCCGCGCGAGCGGUCCCGCCACCCCGCAGCCGGCGCCGGCGGUGGCGUCAGCGUCAGGGAAGGCGGCGUCGUUGCCCACGCCGUUCAUCGCCAAGACGUACCAGCUGGUGGACGACCCGGCGGUGGACGACGUUAUCUCGUGGAACGACGAUGGGUCCGCCUUCAUCGUUUGGCGCCCGGCGGAGUUCGCGCGCGACCUCCUACCCAAGUACUUCAAGCACAACAACUUCUCCAGCUUCCUGCUCCAGCUCAACACCUACGGAUUCAGGAAGAUUGUUCCGGACAGGUGGGAGUUCGCGAACGAUCUCUUCCGGCGAGGGGAGAAGCGGCUGCUCUGUCACAUACACCGCCGGAAGCCGGACGCGGCGUCAACGGGCCCGGUAACCGUGGCCGCCGCCACCGCUGCGGCAGCCAAGCCGAUGGAUCUGCCCGUGGAUCCGCUGUUGUACGUCGGGGAGGGGGAGGCCAAGGACCUUGUUGGUAUCGAUGAUUCCAAGGUCGAACUUAUCAAGCGGCUCAACAUUGACGCCGAACAGAGGCUAGUAGUAUCCAUACAAGGACCUCCAGGUGUUGGUAAGACUACACUUGCCAAACAAGUGUACCGUGAAGUGGAAGGACAGUUCGAGUGUCGAGCUUUUGUUCGAGCCUCAAAGAUGCCUGAUACAAGGAGGCUUCUCGGUAACAUCAUCUCCCAAAUCCAGGGCCGCCAUCAAAGACCCCCUCAUGGUCUCCCCGUGCAAGAGCUCCUUGACAUCCUAAGAACACAUCUCCAACAAAAGAGGUAUUUCAUUGUAAUAGAUGGUUUGUGGGAAACAACAUCAUGGGAUAUUGUUAUCAGCGCAUUUCCAGAGGACACUCAUUGUAGCAGAAUAUUAAUAACUACAGAUAUUGAGGAAGUAGCUCUGGAGUGCUGUGAUUAUGAGUCUGAUGCUAUUUUUAAGAUGGAGCCACUUGGUGGAAAUUACUCCACAGAAUUGUUCUUCAAUAGAGUGUUUGGAUUUAAACACGAGUGCUCUAAACAAUUGAAGGAAAACUCUGAAGAAAUUAUAAGAACAUGUGGUGGUCUGCCACUCGCCACCAUUAGCAUAGCUAGCAUUUUAGCAAUCCAACCAGAUAACUUAGAGCUGUGGCAACAUGUCAAAGAAGUAUUAUUUUCCAGAUUGAGAUAUAAUCCUCCUUCUGAAGUCAUGCUGAAAGAAAUAGUAGGUCUGAGCUACAAUAGUCUUCCCCACCAUUUGAAGACAUGCCUACUAUACCUUAGUAUGUAUCCUGAGGGUUAUACAUUCUUGAGGGCUGACUUGGUGAAACAAUGGAGUGCUGAAGGUUUUAUAAUUGCAGUAGAAGAGAAAAAUUGUGAUGAAGUUGCUGAGUGUUAUUUUGAUGAGCUUAUCUGCAGGGGACUGAUACAGCCCAAUCAUACCAAUAUCUCAGAUGAGGUGAUUUUAUAUACACUGUGCUCCACUGUAUUCGAAGUUAUUAGGAGCAUGUCCAUAGAAGAGAACUUCAGUACUAUGAUAGACUACUCCAAUACCAUCUCAGAGCUCUCGUUAAAGGUUCGACGACUAUCUCUCAGAUUCAGUAGUGCCAAAUAUGCAAUGAGACCAGAAAGCAUUACACUAUCCCCUGUUCGGUCACUUAUCUUUUAUGGACUUGUUGAGUGCCUCCCUUCGAUUAUGGAGUUCGAGGUACUUCGAGUUCUUAUUCUUGAAGUUUGGGGUGACAAGGAAGAGUUAUUAGACCUCAGUGGCAUUGGCAGAUUGUUUCAGCUGAGGUACAUGAAGAUUACAUCUAAUAUCAUUGUGAAACUACCAGCCAGAAUGAUUGGACUGCCAUAUUUGCAAACAAUGGAAAUUGAUGCUAGAGUAACUUCUGUUCCAUCAGAUAUUAUUCAUCUCCCGAGAUUGUUGCACCUCUGUGUACAUGGUAAGAUAAAUCUGUCCAAGGGUAUAGGCCACAUGAGAUGUCUACGCACACUUCAGUCUUUUGACCUCAGCAGUAACUCUGAACAUAAUAUAUGGCAACUUGGCCAGAUGACGGACCUGCAUGAUCUUCAUGUCACCAGUCCUACAGAAAUUUCUGACAUUCUGGAUCUGAAGAAAAAGUUGACAGCUCUUGCUAUUUCCCUUGAGAAACUUGGCAAUCUAAAAUCCAUAAUUAUUGCUCCUGCUUCUUCAUGUGCAAGAAUUUUUUUGGAUUGCUCAUUGAGCAUAUCUUCUCUGUCCGUCUUCCUUCAGAGACUAGAGCUGUUGCCGCCCAUUUGCAUCUUUUCAAGACUCCCGGUUUGGAUUGGACAGCUCCGGAAGCUGCGCAUUUUGAAAAUUGUUCUUAGGGAAUUGAUGACUGGUGAUAUUGACAGCAUCGCCAAAUUGCAGGAACUCACCAUUCUCUCUCUGUACAUCAGGCAACCAAUCGCAGAAAUGAUUGUCUUCCAUCGUGGAUCAUUUCCUGUUCUGAAGUGUUUCAGAUUCAGAUGUGACAUUAUGCGCAUUGCUUUUCAGCCAGAUGCAAUGCCUAGUCUUCAAAGGCUGAAGCUUGAAUUCAAUGCCCACAGUGGAGAUCAGAACGGUAACAUGCUUGCCGGCAUUGAACAUUUGUUAAACCUCCAGGAGAUCACUGGAAGGAUCGGGGCAACACCCGGUUUAGAGGAAUCCGACAGAACAGCUGUGGAGUCUGUGUUCAAAGAUGCCGUGAGCAAGCAUCCAAGACUUACAAACUUCAACCUACGAAUUGUGGGUUUGUUUGACGAAGAGAUUUCCCGAUUUGAUGAUACUCCAACGAGCUGUUCUGGUUCAGAAAUUAUCCUUAGGAACCAUGGGUUGGAACUACCCUUAAAGAAGGGCCUCUGGACCAUCGAGGAGGACGAACGGCUCCUCGCCUACAUUCAGGCCCAUGGCAUGGGGUCCUGGCGCGCGAUCCCCAAAUUGGCGGGGCUGCGGCGCAGCGGGAAGAGCUGUCGGCUGCGGUGGUCACGGAUUGCUAAGCGGCUGCCGGGGCGGACGGACAAAGACAUCAAGCAGCACUGGAUGACGCACAUCAAGAAGCACUGGAAGACGCACAAGCUACUGGCCCAUGGCAUCGAUCCGCAGACUCCGGUUGCGGGACCUGCCGCAUCUAGCAGCCGGGGCCCGGACAUCAACCUGUCCAUAAGCCAGACGUCGCCACUGCCGACGACGCAAGAAGCAGAAGUGACCUUGCCGAAUGCAUCCAAUGAAGAAACUGCACCCGAAGAAAGUACGAGCUAG